AUGAAGCUAUGGUGGCUUGCUUCCGCCGUGGCCGUUGCCGUCCUGGCAAUCCUGCUUGGGCUCCAUACCAGCCGGGCAAGGUUGGGAGAGCCGGAGUUGCCUGGCUCCUGCGGCCAAGCCGAGGUCGGUGCCAUGGUGCGCUUGUCGUACGAUCUCUACCACGCUGCCGAUGGCACUCCAGUCGCCGACGGCCAUGGAACAUUGGAAUUCGAGGUGGGUCGUGGAGACGUGUUUCCGGCAGUGGACGCGAACGUCAGGGGCCUGGGCGUCGGCGAGAUGAAGAACUUCCCCUUCGUCGGGGACGCUGGCUUUGGCGAGCGAAACGCCGACUGGGUCGUGGAGUACGACCGAAGCUACUUUGGGGACCUGGCGGUGGGUACGCCAGUGACAGUCCAGGGCAGCACUGCCAUCGUGGUUGCCCUGAUGGAAAACAGCGUGCGCUUGGACUUUAACCAUCCACUGGCUGGUACCAACCUGACCAUGACUGUCACCGUCAUGGAGUGCAGGCCACGGAGCGUGCCGGCCGUACGCGUGGAGACGCGGGUGCCGGGACACGGCAGAGCGACGCCCCAGGAGGGUGAGAACGUCAGCAUCCAUUGCGAAGGUGCCUUCGCAGAGACCGGCGAGGUCUUUUUUUCCAGCAAGGACUCCGCGACACCCUUUGUCUUUCAGGUCGGCGCGGGGACAGUGAUUCCAGGCCUUGACAGUGGCGUCAGGCGGAUGUCAGAAGCUUCGGCAAUCACUGGCCUUCGGCGUAGGCAUUGCUUUUGGAUUUCCUGCACUUGUUUCGGGGCUUUGGAAUUUCAAAAAACACCACCUGUCGCAACUAAACCCAAAGCUCCAACACCUGAACAUCUAGAAUCCCAAAAUCCCAGAUGCCACGCCCCUAAACCCCGAAGCUUUAAGGUGGGAGAGCAAGCACGGCUGCACAUCCCCUCGGACUUAGCUUAUGGCCAGAAGUCGGACCGCGUGAAGGUGGCAGUUCCUAAGGAUGUGGUCUUUGACGUGGAGCUGCUGGAAAUUCAACGCUGA